AUGUUGCUCAAGCCCGCGACACCCCUCACCAUCCUAUUGCUGAUCGCAUUUGCGCUGCUACUGCUCUCGUGCCUGUCAACCCCCAUUAUCAAGGGAAUUCCCUUGGCGACCUUCAAGGACGUCGAUUACGGUGUCUUUGGAUAUUGUAAAGGCAAUGCCUGCACCAAUAUUCAUGUCGGAUACACCAGCAAUGAUAUUAAUAGCACCGGCGAUGAUUUCAAUCUCCCGUCCAGUACACGCAAAUCCCUCUCCUCGAUCCUCAUCAUCCACCCAGUCGCCGCAUUUCUGACCCUCGUUUGUCUCUGCCUGGCGGCCGCGGCCCACUUCCAUGCGCCCUCCCACUCGCCGCGCUUCCUGUUGGCGCUCCUUAUUCUGCUUUUGCCAACACUGCUCGUAACUUUGUUGGCAUUCCUGGUGGAUAUCUUGCUCUUCGUGCCGCAUCUAGGAUGGGGUGGUUGGAUCGUCCUGGCGGCGACCAUCAUCCUGGUCUCUUGUGGGGUGGUCACCUGUGCCAUGCGCCGGACCCUUGUGAGCCGCAAAGCAAGGAAGCGCCGGAUCGCGGAGAAUGCUGAGAUGAGCGGAGAGAACUAUUACAACCGACAGAAUGCUACUGCGCCUCCGGUGCCUGCUCCCGCCGCUUCCGAAACCAAGGAAGCCUUUGUAACUGGGUCUCCCUCCUUCGAGGCAGGUCCGACCUUCGCGACCUUCAACACGGAGCGCCGUGACAGCGACGAUGACCGGACCCCUCUCAAUUCGCAGACUCCUCUGAACGACGUGCCGCCACCUCCAGAUCGUCGCGGAACCCCCUACGGCGCGCAAGAUGAACUAGGCAACAUGCCACCCCAAGGUCCUUAUGGUGGCGGUCCGAUGACACGCAAUCCCUCCGACCCCCGAAUCCGUCCUCAGUAUUCGAAUGGCAGCAUGGGCUCUCAACGGGGAGGUGCGCCGCCUGGCUUCAACGGACGCGGACGCGGUGGCUAUCCUCCCAGGGGCGGCUAUGGACGCGGGGGACCCUAUAUGGGACCUCGCGGACCUUCUCCUGGCCAACGAGGUGGUUACAUGGGACCUUCGCUUCCCCGCGGAGGUCGCGGAGGCAUGAUGCCACCCCGGGGUCCACCCGCUGGCUAUGCCGCCGCCCCUACUACCUUCGAUGCAUAUGGCCGGCCUGUAUCGCCUCCCCAGAAUGAUCCGUACGUCUAUGAAUCAUCACCGGGUCCGAUGCGCCAGCCCUCUCCAGGUCCAAUUGGUAUGGCCGUGUCACCGGAGACGGUGGGUCAAGCCAUUGAAAUGCAGCCUCAAUCCCGACGCUACGAUGCGCCUGAGCCCAGCCAACAGAUUAGCGGCGGUCCUCAUGCACUUUCGGUUGACGGCCGGCAUGCUCCUCAGGAAAGUCCGACGAGCAUGUACAGCCGACCUGAGUCCUACGUCCCUCCUCGUUCGGGCUGGAAUUCCAAUGACCGUCAGACACUGUCACCGCGGCCAAACGGAUCGCCUCAGCCAGGUAGUUACGCUGGUACAAAUUACUACGAAGACGUAGAUCCACGGUUCGCUCGUCGACCAUCGCCUCAAAACGAUGCCCCGGUUCCCUCAUCUUUGAUGCCUGGGGCUCCUCACAUUUAA